ACCCGAGAUUGCCUUUGAAUACGCGCGCGGGACAGCUACAGUGAACGGAGAAGCUCGAGAAGCUGUAUCUAAAAAACCUAAAAUCUGGCGUUGUAGCUUUGUUUGUUAUGAUACUGUGAGCGUUUCAGGGAAUUGUUUGUCACGAGUAUAAACCUAGCCUGGUUAUUUGAGCGUGUGUGAGAUUUGUACACAGAAUGAAAUCCACUAAGAACACUAAAGUGAAACCUGCGGUAUCAUCUAAAGAAGAAGAGUGCGGAAUAUGGCUCGACACAAAAGAGUUAAAAGAAAAGAAACAACAGCUGACCCGUCCGAUAUCCAAAUUACUGAACCCACUCGCGAGAUCAGGGGAAUACAGCGUGGAAGUGGCACUGAGCUUCACUCAGACCAAACUCAACAUGUCUGUCACUAGACAAAGCACAAUAUCAAAUUUCUUUUCACCCAAAUCCAGAGACCCUAACCCUAGUGUGGCUCAUUCAGGGAUGUCCAGCUUCAUGCACACAGAGGGACCCCCCGGUGUCAAACGGAAACAUGAUGUGUCUUUGGAGCCAUCUAUAGAGUCAACCGGUCAACCACCUGAGGUGUACCAGCAGAACUGUGAUGGAGAUUUUGAAGGAUUGUCAGUCAAGGACAAAAAAGAACAGCAUUUCCUCCAUUUAAUAUGCGGAGAUGAGCAAGAUGAAGAAGAACCACCUGAAAAAAGGAGACAUGUUGUCCAUUAUACAGAAAAUGUGACGCAAGAAUAUUGGAAUAAAGAAGCAUCAAAUGAAUAUCCAAAUCAGACAAUUCCCGAAACUGAGACUUUCUUUCAUGUGGAGUCCCUGCAGCACUGUGAUCUGUUGGUCUGGAAGCCCUCUGAAGAUGCACAUAAGUCUCCAGGUCCUAAACACAUUGACAAACAUGAUUUAAGAGAUCAGAAGGCCUCGGUUAAGAAGUCUAUUUUGACCUCUAGGCCUGUCAAUGAAAACCACAAAAGAUCGAAAUCGAAUGCUGUGAUUACUAAUAUAAAUCAGGUGCGUUCUUGGUGCAAAAAUAAGGCAUCGCCCAUGAAACGGAUGGGAAAAGAGAAUAGCUGGCCCACAUCUCCUACUCAAAAUGCUCAAACGUCAACUUUUAAACACCAUCUAAUUUCUAGUCCAGCUAAGUGCAGGUUAAAGGAAAAAUACACCUUUUCCCCUAAAAAAUCAGGUAAGGAACUUACAAACACAGAGAGGGCUGGAGAAACUCUUGCUAUGUUGUUCACUCAGGACUCUGAGGGCUUCUGUGUGAUUGCUCACCGUGACCAGCACUUAAGGAGCCCACUACAAGACCAGGGCAAUUCAUCUGUGGGCAAAGAUUACAGGAAUAGUCAAUCUGCCACUUCUUUAGAAAAAGAGGAAGAGGAAUCAGAUCUAGAGCCAGAGAUGCUUUUCACCCAAGACUCCGAGGGAAACAUGGUCAUCAAGCAUUAGCCGGAAACAGAUCUGAGGGGAAAUCAUUGUAUUUAUUUUCCUCUUGAUUUUUAAAGUAGAUUUUUAUAUACGUGAUACAGUAUAGAAACAAAAGUAUUUACAAAAUGUAUAUGAAUAUUCAUUAAAAAAAAUAAAAUAAAUAAAUUGUACAACAACAAAUAAACCCCAAAAAUGAUGUUUGUUGUGUAAUAUUUGAUAAAGAUUCCGUUUGCCAGCAGAUGGCACCAUGAAGCUUUUACUCUCUCAGUUUGGUGAACUACUUAAGCUGUGCUUUUGGAAUCUGUGAAAGUAGGACAUGGUGU